AUGCGACAGCAAUCACAUCCCCGCAUACAGGACGACGUCCAGACGUCUCCGCAAACUCCAAAGAUGCAUUCGUGGCCGCAAUCUGGCCGCUCACCAAGAGGCCCUCGACCUGCUCUGGCUACUCUCCUUCAAUCACCAGCGAGCGCCGCUACAGCGCACACCUCCUCCUCCUCCUCCACGAACGCACCUCGCCCGACCACGGCGGCUGCGCCAGACCGACUUCCUCGCCCGCUCCCCCAAGUCGGUCGCACCUGCCCUCAACUCCCAUCCAGGUGGACGCGCUCCGGUCUCUCCUUCCCACGACGAAAUCGACUCCCCCGGCCGUCGCUUCUCCGCCUUCCUCGCCGCCAAACCCAGGACGCCCUGCACACCCGCGCUCCGCCGACCCUUCGUCCUCUGCGCUGCCCUCCAGGAACAGGCGCGUCGCCUGGCCAGUCGCUCUCUACGGCGCUAGUCGAGGAUCUGGUAUUCUCGUUUCAAGUCACCACCAACAGCGGCCCGCCUCUGUUGUUGGACGUCGGUGCGUCAGGCCCUUCUUUCUGUGCCCCAACUCUCAACUCCCUCUGUCUCUCUACCCGCCCGCUGUUUGCUGUUUGCUGUAUCCGCGGAAGCCAGUCUUCUGCUGCAAUGGCAACAACGGCGACAAUGGUUCAGAAAGCUGACAGUCCCACUCUGAAAAGGGCUCUUGCGCCGCCUAAUACUUCCUUCCCUUCGAAGAAGACCGAGCACGCCUUUUCGCGUCCGCCCACUCCACCCUACCACGCACCGAAUCCACCGCGUUGGCCUCGUAGCACAGGCAGCCGUCCGCCCAGGUCGGGCCCACCCGCCAAAGCCCGCAGAGCCAGCAUGCAAACCAGCCCAAGGACGUUCGUGCCGAUGCCCUCGUUCGGCGCGGUAUUCGGAGAGGACGCCAGUACUGGAUUCAAGGCACUAUCGGAAGCAGAAGGCACCAGCGCACAUGGCAGCCACAUAGGACGGCCUUCUUCGAGUGGGAACCCCCACACCGUACCCUUUUCCUCUUUCCACAUUCACCGCGACAGCCGGGACAGCACGUCGACCGCGUCUUCAGAUAACUCGCCGACGACGACGAUAUCGACUAUGGACUCUUCUUCAGUGACAGACCCGUCACCAGGACCAUCGCCAGAGUCGCCCAUUGCCAAAGCUGCGCCGACUUCGUUCGUAGCAGAUUUCCGGUCGCGGAGAGCAGACACCGGUCCGCAGGACUCUUCACCCAAUACCUUCUUUGAGCUACAGCGGCCCACCACUCCAGCGAAGAAGCCUCGGAAUCUGAAGAACCUCGGGAUUAACACGUCGACUUCGCUGACCAAUCUACGCACCAACCCUACGGCCUCGCUGCCUGUCAUCGAGAAGAAGGAAAAGAACAGCUCAGCGCCCCCAUCGCCAUCCUUCAUCAAGCCACCAACACCGCCUAAGCGACGGCCGUCAAAUCUGAGCUUGACCAUCUCGACGCCCGGGAGCAAUGAGAACAAACCCAUGAGGUUGAUCAUCCCUUCCACGCCGGCCCUCAAUCGCCCAGCGCUUCGGCACUUUCAGUCUUCGCCUUCUUUGCCGCUAUGUUCGCCCGCCGUGGGUCCAUCAGGUGGAAUGCAGCUUCCGUCACUUCGCCCUAUCAAAACCAAUCCCUCUGGCCUAGCCGAAGUGCCGUACGAGAUGGAAGAAGAGGAGGACCAAGAGCCGAACUUCGACAUUCCACAGUCUCGCGAGGAGAAACCCGCGGCGUAUCCGAACGGUCCGAUCUGCAUAUACCCUUCGGGCGUAUUUCUGUAUUUUGAACCGACGGCUGAACAAGCUUGCACUUUCGACGUCAUCAUAAACGUUGCCAGCGAAGUCAAAAAUCCGUUUACCACGCCACCUUCCGACUCAAUAAAAGAUUUGGAUGCGAGGCGAGUGGAUGGACCUCCUGCGGAAACCGUCGACUUCGCGUGCCUUCCUGAGCGCACUAAACCCUCCUCAAUUGAUACGCAGAGCAGCUCACCCACGACACCGAAGGCCACACCAAUCUUGGAGACUUCACAGCCCAUCGAGCACGUCGUGAAUGGCAAAGCCUACAAGACUCCGGAGUAUAUUCAUAUGCCCUGGGAACACAACACAGACAUUGUGCCAGAUUUGUUCAAGUUGGUGAAGACGAUGGACGACAGGGUACAGCAAGGAAAGCGCGUCCUCGUUCACUGCCAAUGUGGUGUGAGCCGUUCCGCCAGUCUGAUUGUUGCUUAUGGGCUCUAUAAGAAUCCGGGUAUGAGCGUCCAGGAAGCAUACGACGUCGUCAAGAAACGCAGCAAGUGGAUAGGGCCGAACAUGAACCUGAUCAUGCAGCUUCAGGAGUUCCGUAACGCGCUAUUGAGGGCGAACGAAACGAGGCCGUACCACAACCAACCAUUUGGAGCGCGGUCCGCGGGUCUGCGUACGGGAGUCUCGACCACGACUAAUCGGCACUCUCCAUUCGAGAGAGACAUGCCUACAGGGGCUAGAACCCCACGUACCGCGCCCUUACCCCCGGAAACCGACGUAAACAUGCAGCGUGCCAGCACCGGGAAUAUCAUGUCCAUAUCAUCCGGCCCUCUGUCCGCACCGUCUGGUUCGUCUCUCUUCUCUCCGGGAUUUCGACAGUCAUGGGCUGCUAGUCAGACUCAUUUCGACUUGUCUCCGAAGUCUUCGCCAAAGACUACACCCUAUGUAGAUCCCAAGGGCCAUGUUGUGCCAGUGCUCUCCAUCACCGAUGAUGACCGGUCCGUUCUCCAACCCGAGAUCCCCGCCUUAUCUACCGACCACAAGCCAGAGGCUGCGGAAGAUGCGAGCCUUAAACCACUCGUAGUGCCGAACUUCUCUCGGCAGCUCCCACUCAGGAAACACGAUGCUGCCGCUGAACCCGAGCGACCACGGACAUCACCUAGCCCACGAGACUUGCAUGUUUCUGCCCAGCCGCUUGGCUUUGGUGCAUUGCGAUCUCCUGCGGUCUCCAGCUUCAGUAUCCCUCGAUUAGCCCCAGACCAUUCAAAUGACCCGCCAUUAUUGUCUCCGACGAAAACGGAGUUCAGCAUCAACCCAUGGUCUCGAGGCGAUGGCAUGGACUCUGAACCAUCUCCAGGGUUAUCAGAUCUGCAACCUGCGCCUCCGCCAAUGUCUCCUAGGGCUGACGAAUUCCACAUGGCUGCACUCAAUCAAGGCGAAAUAGACGACUCUUAUGGACUCUUGUCUCCUCGCGCUACCGGCUUCACCCUUAGCCUGCAACCCGCCGCACCCUCCUUCGCUCCUGGGAAUAGAUCUUCUCAAGACUACGAUCUCACGUCCCCUAUCAAGACAGAAUUUCCCAAAGACAUGUGGGCACCCAGCGAUAACAUGCUAGACGCAGAAAUGGCAUCCCCGAGAGCUGCCGAGUUCCACAUGACGCCCUUGAAACCGAGGGUUGCUGACGAGGACCCGUUCGGUUUGGCAUCUCCAAGACAGUUCGAUUUCCCACCUGACCUCCUCAAGAAGUCUGAUCUAACCCCGCCACGGAAUGCCAAAUACGAUGCACGACGUCCUUCGUUCCAGGCUAUUCCACCUCCCUCCCACCUAGCACAGCCCGAGGCAGUCAACGGUUUCGCUUCACUCAAUAGCACCGCCCAAGCGCCACCAGUUAUUCAUGCUCCGGUUGCCCCACCAAAUCUCCAGUUCUACAAAACUCCAGACCUGCCAGCGCGAAUCGACAGUUUGAGCACAUCACCAGAACCACAGGCCCCGGAAUCCACAGACGCGCCUACAUCCAGCCUAGAGGCUUCACUGAAAGAACUUCCGGUGACGCCUACAACGCCGGAGCAUUCGGCAUUCCUCUCGACUCCGCUCCGACAGCCCGCUAUUCGCACCAGGUUCUCUUCUCCCAACAUGCGCGAACAGCGGAGACUCCACAAGCUACAAACGGAAAUGGAAGCCAUGCUCCCCAACCGGGUUCUCUAUCCACCACAGGCCGCGGUCGACCUCGAUGCGCUCAUGUCCCCGCGUGCAGAGGAGUUCACUCGAAAUCCCUUCCACGUGGAUCUACGGUCUUCUACCGACGAUAACAGCCCGGCGUCGUCGAAUGAGACGGUUAAAGAUGGUCAAAAUCGCACUGACUGGACGGAAAACCGCCAGUGGACUCCUAAGAAAUCGCUCGAGGAAGACCCACGCAGUCCGGUCCAAACGGGAAGCAGCCCGAUCGUGAGGAAUAUCUGGGACGUAUUACCGGUAUGA